AUGGGUUGUGGAGGAAGUCGGAAUAUUCUGCUCACAGUUCAACAAGAACAUUCUAGACAAAUAGACAUCAGUAUCGCAAAAGAACGAAAAAUUAAAAAGUUAAAAUUUUUGCUGUUAGGUGAUUCCGGGUCUGGAAAAACUACACUUUUUAAGCAAAUGAGGAUUUUGCACAAAGAUGGUUUUUGUCUGUCAGAACGAAUGGAUUUCAAGGCAGUAAUAAUAGAGAAUCUCCUUCAAUACACUGAAAUCAUUCUGCAGAAUAUGGCUGUGCUCAAUAUCGCAUUUGACGACCAGACAACAAAGGAAUAUGCAGAUAAGUAUCUAACGAACGCCAAUGCAUUCCAAAACAUACUGGAUUUCCGGUUGGAGUUGAAAUGUUUAUACAACUCAGGAGGAUUUCAAGCCUGCAUGAAAAGGGGCCAGGAAUAUUGUCUUGGAGAUGGAGCGCAGUACCUUUUCAGGUCGUUUGACCGGAUAGCUUCCCCUGAUUACGUCCCAACUGACCAGGAUAUCCUCUGCGCUCGGGUUACUACUUCAGGUGUCACAGAACUCAACUUUGACUUCAAAGGAAAAAUUUUAUGUAUGGUAGAUGUUGGAGGACAGACGUCAGAACGAAGGAAGUGGAUUCAUUGUUUUGACAACGUCACAGCCGUUAUAUUUGUGACAGCCAUGAAUUUCUACUUUCAGAUAGACGACUUAACUAGAAAGAGCAAACUUCUCCAGUCGUUAGCGCUGUUUAGGUCCUUAUGUAGAAACAAAUAUCUUUCGAAAUCAGCGUUUGUUCUUUUCUUAAAUAAAAUAGAUGUGUUCCAAAUCCUAAUAAAAAGGAAAACUCUCCAGUGCUGCUUUCCAGAAUAUAAAGGUGACAAUUCUUUCAGCGAUUCGUCCCAAUAUAUCUGCAAUCAGUUUAUCACGGCAGGCCGUCGAACGGAUGACGUGUACUGUCACCUUACCAAAGCCAUAGACACAGAAAAUUUUGAUCGAAUCUUCAACUCGACCAUGGCUAUCCUCCUCAAUCAGAACCUUGAGAUUACAGGGCUACUAUAG